AUGAGCCAUUUUCUGAUACAAAAGGAAUUGGCUGAGAUUACUUUGGAUCCACCACCAAAUUGCAGUGCUGGACCUAAAGGAGACAAUUUAUACGAAUGGGUCUCCACUAUCCUAGGACCUCCUGGAUCUGUAUACGAAGGCGGAGUCUUCUUCCUUGACAUUCAUUUCUCACCAGAGUAUCCUUUCAAACCUCCUAAGGUCACAUUUCGAACGCGCAUCUAUCACUGCAACAUAAAUAGCCAAGGAGUGAUAUGUUUAGAUAUUUUGAAAGACAAUUGGUCACCUGCUCUUACUAUUUCGAAAGUUCUGCUUUCGAUUUGCUCACUUCUCACGGACUGCAAUCCAGCUGAUCCUCUUGUGGGUAGUAUAGCAACGCAAUAUCUACAAAACAGAGAGGAGCACGAUCGCAUAGCGCGUCUUUGGACCAAACGUUACGCAACAUGAGCGAUCACAAAAGUUCAAUUUAAUUCCCGUCAGACUCGUGCAAAUUUCUCAACAAUUCACCCGUUCACGAAACAAGGCUCAAAUAUCUUUUCCCUCUCGUAUGACCAUUUUAGAUUUAUUUUCAACUCCGAGAAAAGAAGAAAAACAAAAACAAGAACUAUCUUAUGUUGCGUAAUGUGCCUAAUACGGAUGCGCAUCCAGGAGACGAGUCAGGAGGAUUUCAUCUAGAAAAAAAAAAAAAAACAAACAAACAAAAAAAA